UAAAUAAUACAAACAAGCCUGUCUGCUAAUAUUUUGCAUUUACAUAUAACAAAAAUCAGUAGAUACUUAACGGUGCUGGUGAGCAGUUCAUAAAUUCCGAAGAAAAGGAAAAGUGACGCUAAUAAAGUAAAAUAAAAUAGUGACAAAUAUCUUUCUACAAAGUUUUUUCAUCUUUAUAAAAAAAAAAUACAUAUAAUUAUACUUAAAUAAAAAUGCAGCAGAACGUCGUAUUUUUGCUUAUUGCUUUAUGCAUUUCAUCGAGCGUGGUUUAUGGUCUACAAUUUACAGAUUGCGGUUCUAAAACUGGCAGUUUCAACAAAGUUGUCAUAUCAGACUGUGACACAACAAAGAAUGAAUGCGUACUCAAACGCAAUACAACAGCUUCGAUCACAAUUAAUUUUGCGCUAAAUGAGGAAGCCUCUAAAAUUACAACUGUAGUGCAUGGCAAAGUAUUGGGCGUAGAGAUGCCCUUCCAUUUACAGAAUCCCGAUGCCUGCGUUGAUAGUGGACUCAAGUGCCCGCUGGAGAAGGGUGAAACCUACGAAUAUAAAGCUAUUUUGCCGGUGCUAAAGGCUUAUCCAAAGGUCCAUGUACUAGUCAAAUGGGAAUUACAGGACCAAAACAAUGAAGACAUCAUUUGUGUACAAAUACCAGCUAAAAUACAGUAAAUAUAAUUGAAGAAAUAUUUAAGUAUGAAAAAAAAAAACUUGUCAAACAUAUUAAGCAACGGUAAUUUGACGGUUGGCAAUGGAGUUGCGACUUGAAAUAAGAAAAAAUAAAAAUAAUCAAUAAAAAGUG